UUUAGCACACGUGAUCAAUGAAGAAACGAAAAUAACAACAAUAAAUUUUUGACAGCUACAAAUCAACAAUAAACAAAACAAAAUUUUAGAAUUUAGUUUGAUGUUAAAUUAUAGCAAUGGCAUCACUAGAUUUUGAAGAGAUUGAUGAUGAAAUUGUUGAGCCUGGUAUUGAACCUGGUGCAUCAAAAGAAAAAAUGCUCAUUACAACAGAUAACUUUGAAGAUUACUAUGAACAAGAAAUAAAUAAAACAGUUAAAAAUGAUAAUGUAAUAUCAACAAUUAAAGAUGACAUUAAAACAGAAUCAUCAACAAGUAGUAAAUCAAAUAUAACAUUGGAGGAUACUGAUUUGGAUGAAACAUCAAAGGAAAUGAGCCAGUGUAAUAUAGAUAGUGAUCCUCAAAGAUGUAAAGAAUGGCUUGCUGAAAAAAAACAUGUAUUUAUUUUGAGUCAAGCUGGUAAACCAAUUUAUUCACGACAUGGUCCAGAAGAUAAGCUUGUAACUGUCAUGGGUGUUAUGCAAGCACUUGUAUCAUUUGUUCAAGCUGGUAAUGACAUGAUCAGAUCAAUUCAUGUUGGUGAUACAACAUUUGUAUUUAUAAUAAAAGGACCAUUGAUACUUGUUGCUGUAUCAAAAACUUUAGAAAGUGUUCCACAGCUUAUACUACAACUUACAUAUGUUUAUAAUCAAAUAUUAUUUGUAUUGACACAAUCAAAAUUAACACGAGUCUAUGAACAAAGAAGAAAUUUUGAUUUACGAAGAUUAUUAUCUGGUAGUGAAAGAUAUAUUGAUCAUUUACUUAAUUUUAUGGAUCGAGAACCAGCAUUUUUUUUAGCUGCUGUUAAAUGUUUACCACUGUUACCAUCAAUGAGAGAUUUAAUAACCCAAACAAUUAUUCAAACUUGUGGUAAAAUUAAGAAUUUAGUAUUUGCAAUAUUACUGGCAAAUAAUCAACUUGUAACACUAGUAAGAAUGAAGAAAUUUUUUUUACAUCCAGCUGAUCUUCAUUUGAUACAAAAUUUAGUUGAUAGCUCAGAAGCAUUUAAAACAGCUGAAGGCUGGGCACCAAUAUGUUUACCAAAAUUUGAUUCAAAUGGUUUUAUGCAUGGUCAUGUAUCAUAUCUAGCUGAAGAUUGUCAAGCAUGUUUAUUAUUAUUGACUGUUGAUCGUGAUGAAUUUACAACAUUGUCUGAUGCUAAAAAAAAAAUUGUCGGUAAAUUAAGAUUAACACAUUGUCUUGAAGCAAUUAAUGAAUCAAUGAAUCGUAAACAAAUAACAACAAGUGACAUUGGAUUACCUGAAAUACAUCAUGUAUUAUAUAAAUGUAGUAGUACUGCACAAUUUUGGAGUCCAGGUUUUCAAGCACCAUACACAAGCCAUGAUGAAAUGGAAAGAUUACUUGGUCUUUAUCAAUGUUUACAUCAUCGUAUACAUUCAUCAAAUAGACCAUUAAAAUUUUUAUUUCAACAACUUGAUAAAGAAACAAUAAUUGCAUGGGUUACAUCUGGCUUUGAAGUUUAUGUUACAUUAGAACCACUUGUAACUAAAGUUGAUGCAAUAAAUGCCAUGAGAAAACUUUUAAAAUGGAUUAAAAAAGAAGAAGAAAGACUUUUUAUAUUAAACUCACCGACUUUUUAAAUUUUAUUAAAUACAAACUCAUUUAAAAUGUAUAUAUAAAUAAUUGAUUAAAAAUACAUGAAUUGAAAGAAAA